AUGACUUCUGCCCACCAAGUAAAGAUACUGGACGUCCACCAUGUCACCCCAUUCUUUACGCCACCCGAGUUUGCGACGGAGUUAUCACUCCCACUCACCUUCUUUGAUAUUAUGUGGUUGAAACUCCAACCGGUUGGAUACAUAUUCUUUUAUAAACUCACCGAGUCAACACCAGCUUUCUUCAAUUCAGUAAUCCUUCCCAAACUCAAACAUUCUCUCUCUCAUACUCUCAUUCACUUCCUCCCUCUUGCUGGCAACAUCACUUGGCCUCCACAAGCCACCACACCCAUAAUUCUAUACACUCCAAAUGAUGCUAUUCAACUCACGGUUGCUGAGUCUAAUGCUGAUUUUGAUCAUCUCUCAGGCAAUGACAUCCGUGAAGCUAUGAAGUCACAUCUUUAUCUACCUGAGUUGCCUGUCACGGACGCAAAAGCUACAGCUAUGACUAUGCAAAUAACAUUGUUUCCCAAUCAAGGCUUUUGCCUCGUCCACAUGUCCAGUUUUGUUCUCCUCUACGCAUAUGUGGUGAUUUGUAUAGUUAAGUCAAAGGGGUUAGAACAAAAUAGAAAGGUUGUUUUUGGGUUCCUUGCAGACUGUAGAGCUCGUUUAGACCCUCCAAUACAUGACAAAUAUUUUGGUAACUGUCUUUAUUCCUUCGCUGUAGAUACGGAAGCAAGAGCUCUUUUAGAGGAGAAUGGGUUUGCCUGGGCAGUAGAAAGACUGACUGCAUUACUUCUUGGUGUUGCUGGGUCAACUCACUAUGAUGUUUAUGGAACUGAUCUUGGGUGGGGGAGGCCAGAAAAGGUAGAGAUUACUUCCAUAGAUCAGACCGCAGCGAUUUCUAUGACAAAGUGCAAGAAUGGAAGUGGAGUCGAGUUUGCUUUAGUUUUGGAGAAGAAUGAAAUGGAGAAAUUUAUGUCUCUGUUUGUUGAUGGUGUUAUUUAA